UGGCGGUAGAGUUUUUUUUCUUUCCGCGGUGGAAUCCGUCCUGCGGACCGCAGAGGAACAGCAAGGAUGCAGCGCGACAAAACCGGAAGUGCCAGCGGUGGGGAUAAGCCGGACAGAGAGACCGCCAUCAUGUCUAAAUACUAUGAUGGGGUCGAGUUUCCCUUCUGUGAUGAGUUCUCUAAAUAUGAGAAGCUGGCAAAGAUCGGCCAGGGCACCUUCGGGGAGGUGUUCAAGGCCAAACACAGACAGACGGGGAAGAAAGUGGCUUUAAAAAAAGUACUUAUGGAGAAUGAGAAAGAAGGGUUUCCCAUCACAGCUCUGAGGGAGAUCAAGAUCCUACAGCUGCUCAAACAUGAGAAUGUGGUGAACCUCAUUGAGAUCUGCAGGACAAAAGCCACCCAGUUUAACCGUUACAAGGGCAGCAUCUAUCUAGUGUUUGAUUUCUGUGAGCACGACCUCGCUGGACUGCUGAGUAACGCUAAUGUUAAAUUCACUCUGGCUGAGAUUAAGAAGGUGAUGCAGAUGCUGCUGAAUGGACUUUACUACAUACACAGAAACAAGUCUCAGACUGAAGUAUUCGCCACGCAGGAGAGGUCACAUGCCCCAGCAGCCAGCCAAUCAGAACAGAAACCCUGCCACCACCAGCCAAUCAGAGUUUGA